AUGUUCAAGUUGUUUGGCUCUUUGUUUCGAGCGGCAACCUUUUGUGCGGCGCAAAACCAGCGUUCAGGCAUGAACUCUGCGAAGCUUGGUGCAGUUUUGGAUGAAAAAAACGAGCAGGAGCCACAGGCUGCCGCUAAUGGGACGGAUGCUGGCGCCUCCUCGUAUGAGGAGCACAUUGCCCGUCUCAAAGCUGAGGCCGAAGCCCAAGACUGUGCAAAUCGACUACGCGUGGCGCAAGAGCAACUAGCAGAAUAUGCGGCACAAAAAGAGGAGGACUCUGCUGGUUUGGUUCAGGAGGCGGAGCGCCUUAAGGAGGCCCUUGCGCAGCUCCUUCAGCAGCCUGGAAGCACGGCCGCGGACUUCCAGCAAAUCGCCCACAUGUUUAACAGCUUACUGGAGAAGCUUGCCGAUGCGGCCACCGAGGCACGCGCCUUCGCUGCACAGCAGGCUAGUGACCUCGCGACCUUGAAGCGCUCGAGUGCGCAGGCUGACCUGCAUAACGACGUCGAUAUGAAGCGCGUGCGGGACGGCUCGGCGUCGAGCAGUGAGGCCAGCGGCGAAACGGCCCCGGAGGAGGAGGACGACUCAGCGGAACCAAUGCGUGGAACCAUCAGCUCCCAAUCAGCCGGAAUGCCCAGCACGAGCUUUGCAGAGCGCGCACGGUACAUACCAUUGCGGCUUAGCCACGAUGAGCGGAAGCUGCUUCGCUUACUGGAGUCUGCUCUCAACGUUAGCGAGUAUACGGACAAGGAUCUGUGCGCGAUCCUUUCUGGCCUUUUGGUGGCCACCGACUACCGAAAGGGCCAAGACCUUAUUCGAGAUCGGAAUUUCGCUGACAACGCGGAGUUUUUUCAGGACAUCUUUGAGCUUGGGCGGCGUUACAAGAUAUUGAACCCUGAUAAGAUGCGCAGCGAGUAUGGCAAGCUGAUGUACCUGCUCAUGGACAGCGCCGAGCCCGCCAUUCAGGAGCUACUCGAAUUCCAAUGCGUUCGAAAGCUACGCACCGUGUCAAGCUUCCUGGAGGAGCGUGGCGGUCUCGCCAUGCUGGAUGACCCGCUCAUGCACACUGCCACGGCUGAGAUUGUUGCAGGGGAGCGGCCACGCCACGAAGUGCAGCGGGACAUAAAGAUCAAGGAGAAGGCGCGAGAGGCGCUCAGUCGGCGGUACCGCACAGCGCGCCUGAGCGAGGAGGAAAUCCUGCUCUGUAUCUAUUCCAUCUCGGACAAUAAUUCAUACCUCUUGUUCAAUCGUGACCCAAUCGAUCGAUUCAUCCACUUUUUCCACCGGUACUUCAAGUCCGACACCCAUGAGCCGGGCUACUCGCUCGCAAUCCAAGGUGGCCGCGAUGGGGCGCGGCUCACCCAUAACCACGAGCGGCAAUACCACUACGUGCUGCAAUCGCUGACGCUGUGGCGGGAAAUUUCGACUGAAAUGUUUAAGCUGUGGUACCUCGCCGAGUCCGACAUGCUGCGAGAGGGCAACAGCUAUCGGCUGUGCGACACGGGCCAGGGGCUGAACCGCGUCCAGUCGGCGCCGCAGGUCGGGCGAUCCAUGCAGCAAAUCCUCAGCCGGGUGCAAUCCCGCAUCGGCUCCUGGGUGGGGUCGUCUGUGGUCCACCUGGGCGACCACAACGUGCCUAACGCCCUCAUGUUCAUUGACAAGUAUACACAGGUGCCGCGGAUCCUCAACCCUGUGGUGAGCGUGCUGGAGGAAAUUCCAAAGCUCUACCGGGAUCCCCAUCUGCGCAUGUAUAUCGACGCGACUUUUGGCGGAGUAGAGCAGUGCCGCAAGGCGAUUUUGGUGGACUUCUGCAGGCACGCCUUCGACGGCAGCGGCGCUGACAACUUUUUCGACGCCGGCUCGUGUAUUGAUGGGCGCUUGACGAGUGCCUGGAACUGGUGCAGCAAGAUUGAGAAAAAACCCUUCUACCACGUCUUCAAGCUUGCUGGUUGGGUGGGCUUCGACGGCGAGGUCAAGACUUAG